AGCAAGGCUCACUCUCGUUGGCAGAACGCAGCAGCAUACCACCACGCACAGAAGAACAGAGGUACGGCAAGAAGAAGAGGCGUGGCACGCGAUCAGCGAAGAUGCCGAUGCUGAACAAGCCCACGGGGUGGUCUGUGGGGAUGGCCACGGAGUACAUUGCUCUGCUUGAGCGAUACCGGGAGACCGUGGUUCGGCUGGACAUUGCCGCCAAGAGGUUCGUCCCAGAGAUCAGGACACACAUGCACGCGGAACCUGACGGCGUGCCUUCCCGCGAGCUCCUCAAGAAGGUUUUUAAGGUGUUCACGAAUGACAGAAAGCAGCUUUCGCGCGUGAACACAUGGCAAGACCUCAGUCGGUUCUUCUGCAAGAAACUCGACACCGUCCGCUGUCGAUUUGAGUAUCUCAACGAUGCCGCAGAUGCUGUCCUGAACCAGCUUAGCAACGCAGCGAGCUUGGACGACCCGGCAUCGCUCAGCGCAUACGCCACCUCCAUCACCAAGCUGCAGGCAUCCGUGCGGCGAGUCAGAGACGCAAAGCGACGGCUCCUCACCCAAAACCAUCGCCACCAGCAAGCUUUGGUUCCACAACUCGAGUUCAAUGACGAUGCAUGCGACAACACCGAGCGCCUUCACGUGUACAGCAUCUGCGCAACAACACCACUUCCUGCGUAUCUGCUCGGAAGCUGCCAACCACUUGCAAGGCGUCUCGCCGAAGUGAGCGACAACCAUGCAGAAGAGCCGCAAGAAGAAGCAGAGGAGACCAUGGGCUCAGUACAAGGGGUAGCGCCAGCGACGACAUUCAAUGAAAUCAAGCACGUUGGGCAACGCGAAGCGACGACACGCGGGUUCGCAUGGCACGAGGACCUGAAGCUUGUGAACCCAGACGAGCAUCGACACAGCUGUACUACGUCAAUCACCAUCGGCAUCAGCGCCCACGACACAAGAAGCGAGGGCAACAGCAUGCCGGCGUCGACACUUGCGCCCCGCCCACCACCAACCAGCGACUGCGUGUGCGAGGAUAAGAUCACCGACAAAGACACCGGCAGCAACACCACGGGCACGCGUGAGCCGCCAGCACGGCAGCCGGGCGACCCAGGCUGGAUCUUUGUUGUGGGCAAGCGUCUGCGGGAAGACGAGGACCGCGGGCAGGCGCUGAACGGCCUAGCAGAUGCUGCAGCCGUUGCCCUGCACCACAACACACCCGGUGGCAACUGGGCCAAGCUGCAAGGCCACGUGUUUGCAUUUGGUCUGCUGCAGCACGGGGACGAAGUUGGUGUCUGCGCGUUUGCGCUCGGCGAGCGCACGAGCGACCGCGCAUCGUACCCGCGCGUGUAUCGCCGCGACCUCUUCAUCGGCCCUCACGCCGCAUGCCAGGAAGUCAUCGCAGCCGUGCUGGACGAGGGCUUCCCGCUGCUCACACGCACGUACGAGCACGCGCUUGGCUGGCGCAAGCACGCAGACAUCAAGCCCGAAGCGCUGUGUUUCAUCAAGGAGUGCAGCGUGCGCGUCGCGGACGGGCACGUGCACAGCGACAUUACGCUGUUUGACGGCGGCACCACCACCUGGCGGCAGUACAGCCGCACCGCAGAGCGCGUGUGGAAGGCGUGGAGGAUCGUGCACGCGCCAGAGCACCAGCUCAAGGUGCCGGAGGGCAUGCAUGGCGCCCAGCGCGGGCGCUCGCCACUGGGCAGGCUGCGAGACUUCAGCCCGGCACGGGAGGACGCAGCGCGCAGCGCGUGCAGCUCCAGAACAUCGUCGCCGUCUGUGCGGUGCAUGCGGCGGGCAUCGGUCAUGUCCACGUUCUCGUGCACAUCCACCAUGUCCACGACCUCCAACGAGGGCGCAGAGGUGUCCCCGCCGCCGCCGCCGCCGCUCGCAUCGUCGCAGGGCUGUGACGGCGACAGUGGCAGGAUGCAGCGGUGCGGGAGUGUGGACAUUGACAUCCACGUGACCGAGCCCAAGGCAACGAGCCCGCUCGUUCCUCGGCGGUACAGGCAAGACAGCGAGCCUAUCCACGCCGGCAGCCACUCCACAGGCGCCAAACGCAGCAUCACGAGCGCCAACGGUGUCGAUAGCGAGGACGGCAGCGGCGAUGAUGGCGAUGGUGACGCUGCAACGGCUGCACGGCGCAUUGCAGCAGAGGACGAGGAAACGGCGGGCGAGCAACGCGACGGAGCAGCACAGGCGGAGAAGCCCGGGGCAAAGGGGAGCGAGGGUGGUGGCGAUAGCGGCGAGGAGGUGGAGGCCAAUGCCGAUGCCGAUGCCGAUGCCGAUGCGGAGUCUCCUAGCGGAGAGAAGCUGACAGAGGCGUGGACGGACCGCAGCGGGCGCUUCUCCGUGGCCAAGAUAGUGCGCGGCGGCAGGCACGUUGGCUUUGCCACCACGUAUCUCGGGAGCGCGACCGGGGUGAGCACGCGGGAGCAGUUGCUGGAUGUUGCGCGCCAGCUGCUGCGGCUGUCCCUGCGCGGGCUUGUCCACGGCGACGUGCGCAACGCCAACAUUGUCAUGGCCGGGAUGCGCAACGCGUACCUGAUUGACUUUGAGACGGUGCGGCACGAAGGGGACCCGUUUCCCUCCAGCCUGGACACGGAGCUGGCUGAGCGGCACCCGCAGCUGGUUGGCCGGCGCGUUGGCUACACGGGCAUGACUGGCACCACGCCGGUGCGCUCGCUCAGCAGCACCAACUCCACGUCCACCACCAGCUUGACGGCGUCAAUGAAGCCAGGGCCAAGCGACGCCAACGCCGGCUGCGGCCAGACUGCGGGUCGCAGCAGCCUGCAGGUGUACAGCACGGCGCAGGACUGGUUCUCACUCAUCAUGGCCUUUGCCAUUUACACGGGCCGCGACUUUGUGGAGCGCUUUGGGCGCGGGCGGCGGGUGCUCAAGGACUUCCUCGACGACGUGAUCCACAAGCACGAGCUGCUGGUUGCUUCGCCGCACGCGCGCUACACCACGAGCGAUCUGGCCACCAUCAGGCGCAUCCGCGAGCAAAUCAGCCUGGAGUCAUGGCCCUGAGACGGUGAGGCGGCGAGGCCCAGAGAGGCGAAAGGGUUUGGAGGGACGGGGGCAUGGAAGACUUGAGUGAGCACUGCAUGAGUGGCGUCAGCGGUAGCGAUGAUGGUCUGAUGGUGAUGGUGAUGGUGUUGGGGAUGGUGUUGGGGAGGUGUGUGGUAUGCACGGUGAUGUGAGGCCAGAGAGACAUUGUUGUGGACAUGCGAGUUGCCUGCUCGUGUUACCACCACACGAGCACACGACUUGGAGGGAUAUCGAACCGUUUUGCUUUCGAGGCUGGUGUGUGGGUGUGGGUGUGUGUGUGGGUGAGUGUGUGUGUGUGUGUGGGUGUGUGUGUGCUUGUUGGUGCUGAUAUCGAACCUUCCUUCUUUGCUUCUGCCUUUUUUUUUUUUUUUUUGGUCUCACUUGUUCGUUGACAGUGCCAGUUGCGUUGUGCGAUGAUUGUUUAAAGACUUG